CAUCAACCACUCAAUUGGAGUCGAGCCGAUUCGACCCACGAGAUUAGUGACAGUUCUAACUUGUUGUGUUUUAUAAGUGCAGUGGUAAUUGCAAUAAAAAUUGGUCAAAGUGAAAUGCGGUGUGAGUGUUAACCUCAAAAGUGUCUUUUUUAACUGUGCAAUUUUCACCUUCACCAUCGAUUCUUCGCCGAGCACCUCUCCGUCGGACGGAGCCAGUAUCCUGGCUCCUCAAACCGACAAACUGGCGGGAAGUCGUCGAAAUUCUAGGCUGGGGGGCUACUGGACUUACGAGAUGCUCCCCAAUGGAGAACCCUCACCUCCAGCCGCCAAGGCCAGGGUCAAUUUUCUGCCGGAGAUCCUCGACAGGAGACCUAGCAGGUCCAUCCUGAUGCCGAGGAGGAAUCGCAGUAUGAGUGCCUGGAGCGACAUCAGUAGGUCUAGCUGGAGACUAGAUGAAAGGGUGCGAGUGGAGUAUUAUGUCAAUGAAAAUACAUUUAAGGAACGACUGCAACUUUACUUCAUUAAAAAUCAAAGAUCUAGUCUUAGGAUACGAAUAGCCAAUUUAUUUUUAAAAUUAUUGUCAUGUAUUCUGUACAUAAUCCGAGUUGUCACAGAUCUCGAUCCCACAUAUGCGGCAUGUUACGGAUGUACGCCAGGCGACAAAUCCGAAUAUAUUAUAUCGGCCAAUUUAACGGAAGAAAAAUUUCAAGAAAACCCAAUCAUCAACUGGGACGCUAUUCUGUGGGUGAACCGCCCCCUCGAACUGUGGAUAGUACAAGUGGUAUUGGCCAUGAUUAGUCUAACGGAGGCUCUUCUAUUGGCCUAUCUCGGAUAUAAAGGAAACAUCUGGCAGCAGCUGUUAUCCUUUCAUUUCAUCUUAGAAAUUGUGAAUACUAUUCCAUUUACAUUAACGCUUUUUUACCCCCCGUUAAGGAACCUCUUCAUUCCAGUAUUCCUAAAUUGUUGGUUAGCGAAACAUGCGUUAGAAAAUAUGUUCAACGAUCUUCAUCGAGCAAUGCAGAAAUCGCAAUCUGCUCUGUCUCAACAGCUCACGAUAUUAUCCGCAACUCUUGUGUGUCUCGUAUUUACAAGUGUGUGCGGCAUCCAGCACUUUCAAAGGGCCGGCCAUCGACACCUCAACCUCUUCCAAGCCACAUACUACGUCGUGGUAACCUUCUCGACAGUGGGCUACGGCGACUUCGUUCCCGACAUCUGGCCCUCUCAGCUCUACAUGGUGAUAAUGAUUUGUGUCGCCCUCAUUGUGCUGCCCACACAGUUCGAGCAGCUAGCCUUCACGUGGAUGGAGCGCCAGAAGCUGGGGGGCUCCUAUUCGUCCCACCGUGCCCAGAGCGAGAAGCACGUGGUGGUGUGCAGCACGACGCUGCACGCGGACACCAUCAUGGACUUCCUCAACGAGUUCUACGCCCAUCCGCUGCUGCAGGACUACUACGUGGUGCUGCUGUCGCCCAUGGAGUUGGACACCACUAUGCGGAUGAUCCUCCAAGUGCCUAUCUGGGCCCAGAGGGUCAUCUACAUCCAAGGCUCGUGUCUGAAAGACGGGGACUUGGCGAGGGCGCGUAUGAACGAGGCGGAGGCCUGUUUUGUGCUGGCCGCCAGAAAUUAUGCGGACAAAACGGCAGCGGAUGAACACACGAUACUGAGGUCGUGGGCCGUAAAAGACUUCGCUCCAAAUGUCGCACAAUAUGUCCAGAUUUUUCGGCCUGAAAACAAAAUUCACGUCAAGUUUGCGGAAUACGUGGUUUGCGAGGACGAGUUCAAGUACGCCCUUCUGGCAAACAACUGCACUUGUCCAGGGGCCUCCACUCUAGUGACGCUACUUCUUCACACUUCCAGGGGGCAGGAAGGACAACAGUCUCAAGAAGAGUGGCACCGCUUGUAUGGGCGCUGUUCUGGCAACGAAAUCUACCAUAUCACCCUGGGCGAUAGCCGAUUCUUUGGCGAAUAUGAAGGCAAGAGCUUCACAUACGCCAGCUUCCAUUCGCACAGAAAAUAUGGGGUGGCUUUGGUGGGCGUGCGUCCAGCCGAACUACCGGAAUUUUACGAAGACACUAUCCUGCUGAACCCCGGUCCUAGACACAUCAUGAAGAAGAGUGACACUUGCUAUUACAUGAGCAUCACCAAGGAGGAAAACUCAUCGUUCACGGUCGCCAAUCAACCACAGGGCAACAAUAAUAACACUUCAACGGAACCUGUGAUUGUUACGGCGGAAGAAAAGAGUCAAGCACCCGCCACCAAAGACGGUACCGGCCCUCCUCAACUAAUUCUGCAAGUUCCCACCUGUGUCACCACGUUUCCGGACAAUGCCGGGCUGAGCGACUCCAGGCAGUGUUUGAAGGAGUCCUCACCCGGAUCCACAACGAUCGACGUGUCAAUAACAGGCAACCAUCUGGACAUCCCACGAAGCGGCGACAACCCUAACCUCCUUAGCCCGGAAAUAAUAAACCAGCGCCGGAACUCCCGGAGGCCCAGCAUCCUGCCCGUGCCGGACAUGUUCACCAGCUCUUCGUUGAAUAUCCCACAGGACGUGGCGGACGAAGGCGACGAGAGCGAGGAUGAGCUGGAGGACGACGUCCCGUGGCGAUCGCCCAGCGAGAAAAUAGCGUCCAGUCUUACAGACGACUCUGGGGACUCGGAGAGACCCGCAUGGCAUGACGAAUGUGCCCGCAUCGUAAAAGGUUUCCCACCAGUGUCACCAUACAUCGGAGUUAGCCCCACCCUGUGUUACUUGCUCAAAGAAAAGAAGCCUUUGUGCUGUUUGCAACUAGCUCAAGUGUGCGAACACUGCAGCUACCGUAACGCUCGCGAUUACCAAUGGCAAAACAAGACCAUCAUCUUGGCGGCCGAUUACGCCUCCAACGGAAUCUACAACUUUAUCAUACCGUUGAGGGCGCAUUUCCGAUCCAAGACCUCGCUCAAUCCGAUCAUAUUGCUGCUGGAAAGGCGUCCGGAUAUUGCAUUCUUGGAUGCUAUUUCGUACUUUCCUCUUGUUUACUGGAUGCUGGGGACAAUUGAUUGUUUGGAUGAUUUGCUCCGAGCUGGGAUCACGCUAGCGGAAAAUGUUGUUGUAGUUAAUAAGGAGUUGUCGAAUUCGGCCGAAGAGGAUUCCCUCGCGGAUUGCAAUACAAUAGUGGCGGUACAAACGAUGUUCAAGUUUUUUCCCAGCAUUAAAAGCAUCACGGAGCUUUCCCAAUCAUCCAACAUGCGAUUCAUGCAGUUCAGAGCACACGACAAAUAUGCACUCCAUCUAUCCAAAAUGGAAAAGAGGGAAAAGGAGCGAGGUUCUCACAUUUCGUAUAUGUUUCGUCUGCCUUUCGCGGCCGGCAGCGUAUUUAGCGCCAGCAUGCUGGACACGUUGCUCUAUCAGGCCUUCGUCAAGGACUAUGUAAUCACCUUCGUUCGACUUCUGUUGGGAAUCGAUCAAGCUCCCGGUUCCGGCUUCCUCACUUCGAUGAAGAUUACUAAGGAUGAUAUGUGGAUAAGAACUUACGGGCGGUUGUAUCAGAAAUUGUGUUCGACGACUUGCGAAAUUCCUAUCGGUAUUUAUCGGACUCAAGACACUUCUCUAUCGGACUCCUCUCAUGUGAGUAUGAGCGCCCCUUCAUCCGCCUGGUCGAGCUGCGUGCGUGUGCCAUCGCUUGACGAGGAACUUGGACCCGACAGAGUAGGUGUAACUUACCGACCUAAGGAGGGCACCAAUUGCUUGGGGUGUACUGAUCGACGUAACUCGAUGUUUUCCAUCAAUAUGGCGGACGAAGCAAAGGAUAAUCAUGAACAACAGAUCGAAAGAGCCGAAAUAGCUAAUCUUGUUAGAUCAAGAAUGGAAAGUUUAAAUCUACCAACAAUUGAUUAUAACGACGUUAGCGAGAAAAGAAAUAGUUUGUCCUAUGUCAUCAUCAAUCCUAGUUGCGACCUAAAGUUAGAAGAAGGCGACAUUAUUUAUCUGGUUCGUCCGAGUCCUUUUUCGGCCCAAAAGACUUUCGAACGCCACAACAGCCGUCGCAAAUCGAACAUUAGCUUCUGUUCGCAGACCCUCAUCCAGCAAAUGGCGGCGGCGUCUCAAGCCGGCAGUCGUCGUGGUUCCGGUUUAGGGCUAACCGGGUACCAAUCUCCGCGACCUCCGCCACUGUCCACCACCAAAUCAAACUCUCUUUCCCUACCUGACAGUCCGACAGUGGCGGGGUACCAGCGAGGCCGCUCCAACUCCUUGCGAGUCAUCGACGAUAUCCUUCUUCGUAGAUCAAACUCACUCAGGCAGGGAUUGACCAGUGUAGGUAGUGGGCGAAGGAAAAGCAGUUUAGAGGAUAUAGGACUAUCACAUUUCUCAACAAAUUAUAAUAAUCCGAUCAAAAUAGCCUUGAAUGGGAGUAUAGGCUUGGAGGUGACUCCUCCGGAGGAGAACAGUCCACCGGUGAUUUCUAGUAAUACAGCUAUGGUGGUGAACGCGCAACUACCGACUACUCCACACACCGGAAGCACCAUAAGCUUAGCACAAAGUGGCCUGCCUAGUUCUAGUAGUUCUUUACCUCAACCGCUCAACCUCGGCAUCAACGUGCCUACGAACUUCGGGGAGGCGGCGCCGGUGCAGCAAGCAGCGUUGCCGCCGUCGUCCGCCGCGACGGAUCCGCAGCACCUUCAAGGGACGAUCGUAUGAUAUAACCUCAUGUGGGGGAGGAGAAUGGGUAGCUUAAGGAACAAGUGGCUCUAGAUCCUCACUUCCACAGUAGAAACUCGAGGCCGUAGUUUGUAGCUCGCCUCGGGAUAGUCUCUAGGUCCGGUCUCCCUGAGAAGUUCAGCGGUUUCUUUGCAAAAUUUAGUUUAGUAUAACUUAGGGGCAGACCUGACUACUACCAUUUUUGGCCUUAUUAACUUUCUAUCAGAAAUUUAGACUGAUACGUUUGUAAAAAUUGUUCUUCGCCAGUCGGCCUGGCCUAGCCAAAUUUUUCUGUAACGGUUGUAGUCUCCUGGUCGUACCAAACGAACACCAGGCCUAGUUCGACGAUUUACGACUCAUCUAAAAAAUCAUUCUUAGUAGCCACCCACCAAUAACACACAUCAAGGCACUAGUUUUAUGUCGAUAUUCUCUCAUUGACGACUUUUUUUUCCUAAGACUGAUUCUAGACUCGUGUUUUUUGGAUGAGUGGUCCAGAUCAGUAAUGCGCUACAUAGCUCAAUAGAUUUACUAUUUGUAGUUUCGUUUGUAAAUAACUUGAACUGUCUCUUCCACGCAGGCCAAAGGCUGCUUAUCAGUAUAAUUCGUUCAGGUAUGUUGAAUGAGGGAUCAAAUACUGUAGUUAGAAUAUCUGUUGGUAAAGUUCAAUCUAUAACCCACACCGAGCUAUAAACAGCGAUCAUUCUCCUUAAUUCAAUCAAAAUUUUCAACUUCUUAAUUGCAAAUGAGAAGUUUGCAGGUGCAUUGGAAGUGGAAUGGUUUCUGCGAAUUGCUCGGUGUUUUCUGAGAGAGAUUAUCGCUUAAUCUCGCAAGGUGGGUACGUUUUCGUACCGCAACGAUUCUUACUUUUGUGCACUCUGUUUUUCUUCAGCAUUCGUAUUGUUUGUGGUGUUUCCUCAAAUCAAAAUCAAAAUAUACGUCGAAAAGCGGAAUAAGUUUAGAUUUGCUUUGGUAGAUUAGUGUAAACCGUCCAUGCUAGUUUUCUGUUCAUGUCCACCGACAUGUCUAGAAUCCCUUGAGCUGUAACUAUUAGACAAAGACUGUGGGUGUGGUCCAAUAUAAUCGCGACGUAUAAGUACACUUAUUAAACAAAAAAGAAAACAUAUCUAAAGAAAUAAGUGUCGUAGACAUAUAUUUUUCUAGAGUGACGAAAUUGUGAAGGGUUUCGAAUACAAAACCGAUGCUUUGGUACUAUUGCUUUAUUUGAAUGAUACAUUAGAGAAACGUAUCGGCCUGCGUGCCGGACGUAUGUCUUUGAUACGUUAUAAAAUAAUACUUUUUAUAUAACUCAACUGGAUAUUGUACAUAAAGUUGUUUCAUAGUUCUCAGAGUUUGCUUACUUAAAUAUCAUAGAUAUAAAUAUUUAAAUAAAUCUAAAAUUUACUGUUAGACCAUGUAUAAAAAAUAAUUAAAUGAAUUAUUGCAAUGCACACUGCUGGUCAGAUUUCAAACUUUAUUUCAUGAUUUUUUCAACAAUGUGCAUUUGCAACAGCACGAACAAACUAAUUCAUUAUUUAACAUUACAGAGUGGAUGAACCUUUACUGAAUACGCUUACAUUUGAUGUACAGUAAAGUCAAUACUGUCAUAGCACAUUAUAUACAUUGUAUUUUCA